ACGGAGAGAGAGGGAGGCAGAAGACGAACUGCUGGCAUGUUGACAGUCUCAGCUUUGCUUCGCGCAACCAGCUGCACCCACAGGGGACAGGGAACAUGAGAGAGAGAAAGAGCGACUGAGAGUGGGAGUCAGAGAAAUGGAGAGAGAGAGAGAAAGACAGAGACAGAGAAAGAGAGACUGAAAAAGAGACUGAGAGAGAGACAGAGAAAGACAGAGAGAAAGAGAGACAGAGUGAGAGUGACUGGGUGAGAAAGAGUGAGAGAGAGACAGAGACAGAGAGAGAGAGAGAGAGAUGGAGGGACACUCAAACUGAUGCCACAGUCUGUGCCCGUCUGAGGAGAGAGUGCGCCCGCCUCUCCUCCGGCCGACCCUCGGAGCGCGGUGCCGCCGCCCGUCUCCGGCCGCAGGAACAUGGGGUGAAGCGGACCUGCGGACAUUUUCACGCGUCUUUCCGCGGAUCGCUUCCCUUUCGAAAAACGCGGGCGCCGGCUGUCUGGGUGUCCACCCCCUCUUCUGGCUGAGGAGCUCUCUCUCUUUCCUCUGAUGGAUCUGCAGUCCUUUCAAAGUCAUUUUCUCUCACGGAUUUCUUACUCAGGUUGCUGUAUUAGUGAUUUUUUUGUUUGUUUUUGUUUUGCCUCGUUGAGUCAUGGCCAAAGCUGUCCUAUGGAGAAACAAAGCUACCGUUGGCAUCCAAAGUAAAAUGGCGGUGCAUCACAGCAAUGUUGAGCUGAGACUAGCGGCGCUGACUGACUGCUGAAGGGGGAAUCUGGGGAGGGGCAGGGUUUGGCAUACGGACAGUCUGCCCGCAAAGGAUGUUCUCCAGGAACCGUGUCAACGGGCAAGAUGGGACCGGCAUCCUUCAGCACAAGAAGUCCAAGAAGAAAGACCUGGCUAAGAAGAAGACCCAGAGUUCCAAGGUGGCUCAGGGUCUCCGGAGCAAGAUCCAGAAGUUCCUUCAGGGGUCCGGCGAGCACUCAGCCCGCCGCUCCCCCGUGGAGAUCGAGAGGGACAUGUUUGUAUGCGGCAUCAAGAGGGACCCUUCCAGCGGCGAGUUCUCCGGCCUGCGGGUCCCUAAUGGGAGGAGCCACUCUGUGCCCCCUACCACCGUGUCCUGUGUUGGAGAGGUGGAGCUGAACCGGGAGGGCUAUGUCAAGAUACCGUGCACUGUUAAAAACAAUGGCCUCACACUGGACUGCCCGGCCUCUCGUGGGAACGGUUCUGCCGUCCCUGAAGGCUUGGAUGAAGGAGAGGCUUGUUGUGCCGCCAGCGAGGGGGAGGAGACUGUGGCUUCUACCUCAAACAGUGCCGUAGGGGGGGAGGAGGUAGAGGAGGAUGAGGAUGAGGAGGAGACUAGUGAUAUUGUCGAACACAUUCUGAAGGAGUUGCGGGGGAUCAACAAGAUCCAGGAGGAGAUCUCGGACCUGCGGCAGUACCUGACCUCCGUCCGGGGGUCUGUGGAUGAGGUGUCCAGCUGCGUGGAUGCGGUCCUGUCUGAGAUUGAGGAGCUCCGCUCGGGAGCGUGUGCCGGGCCUUGCCUCCCGCGGAGGCCCAGCAGCCACUGUGGCAGCCUCCGCCGGGAGGACGUCCCAACGGCAUCCCUGGGGACAAAGAGCAGUUCACUGUCCCAGUACUAUGACUGGGGUGAGGACAGCAAGUUGAUGCCAUCCCAGCGUGGCCCACUGAGAAGGCCUAUGUCAGCCCGCCAAGCAGCCUCAGCAACCCCCUGCAUGGACAAGCCUUCGGGUUCUGCUAUCUACAAGCCGGUGAAAAAGGACAUCUCGGACCAGAGCUCAGGUCCAGCCUGCCUUGGUGCAAGGAAGGCCAGCUUUGGCUAUUUGGAACGGCAGGGUGGCCAGGACUUCCCCAGCACCAGCUCACUGUCCUCAGGCCACAGCUCCAAGAGCGAAGAAUCAGAACCUGGGAAACCAGGUGGGUUUUGUCCUGGCAACCAGGACCACCCAGGGAGCAAUGACUGGAAGGCAGCGGGAAUUCAAUGCAGUGAAAGUGGGGAUGACAUUGUGGGCUGGAGUGAGGAAGAAGGCUUUUCCCGACAGGACAGCAUAGAGGAGGGUGACAACUUUGGGGAACCUGACAACUGGGACCGGUAUGGAGGCGGUGAGACCAGCAGCACCCCUGGACAGUCCUCUCUCAGCAGCUCGGAGCACCUCUCCCUCCUUUUCGGCCGCCAUUACAAUUCUCCCUCCAGCUCGUGCAGCCUAGCGGACUGGAGAUCUGGCAGGCCCCGAUCGCAUGAAAAAGAGAUGGCCCCGAAUGGCCAGGGCCAGACACCUAACCAGGAGUGUGAGUGCAUGGCUAGCUGCCCCUACUCCCGCAGCUCUGGCUACCACACCGCUGAGGUGUACGCGGACGAGCUCGGCAGCGCCCCCUCUGGCAGCCUCAGCCACAACUCCACCGUUGUGUUCACGGACUGCGACGACUGCUGUCAGGACGAGGUGUACUCCUCCUGCGAGCUCUGCCCUGCUGCCACAGAUUUGGGGGAGUGUGAGGAGAGGGAAUGGGCGGGGCACGGGGAAGAUUAUCACUCCAGCUUGUAUCCGGGCCCUUACCGUAACCUUGACCCCAGAGAUGUUGAACUGGAUGGCAGCUUCAACGUAAAACAAAUUGGUAAAGCUGUCCUGACCUUCAAAUCGGCUCUUAAGGGGGCUCUCAGAAAGCUGGAGGGGCCUGGGACGCAGGACCUCGGGGAUUUGGACGGGGCUGAAUUCACUGACAGUCCCAGCAACCCACCCAGCGAAUUGCCCUGGGGGGAGACCAGCCACAGGGACACGGAGGGCGAGACCAGCUUAGCCUCAGAUUGCUGCCCCUCGGAUCCCCACCAGGAGGCGCGCAGUGACGCAUCUCUCAGUCUGGACGGUGGCCCAGAGGCACCCCGCUUCAGCCUCACGCCACCCGAGAACCAGGGCUCAACCGACGCCAGCGCCUCUCUCCACAGCGCUGCAGCAUUCCCUCUGGAAGGGGGCCAGUCUUUCGAUGAGGCACCCCAGCUGGACGAGGAGCGCCCCGAUGCGGAAUGUGCCCCCGAAAGCAGCGCCGCGCCGUCCGAGCUCAGCCAGCAGGAGGCGCGCCGGCUCAAGUGUAUCAACAACUUCCAGCGAGUCCUGAGGGAGAAGAGACUGGUCCGCCACAAACUCUCCCAAAUCGUCGAAGCGUCCAAGUCCAUUUACUCUGAGGAAGAGUGUAACCCAGAAAGCACAAGAGAAGAUGAGCAGGGCCGAGAGGAUGGCGACAGUGGCAGACAGGCUUGGGUCAAACCUGGAGGGGGUGGCGGCCUCUUUGGGAUUGACAGCAUGCCCGACCUUCGCAAGAAGAAGCCCAUCCCCUUGGUCAGUGACUUGUCCCUGGUCCAGUCCAGGAAAGCCGGUAUUACCUCCGCCAUGGCCACCCGCUCGUCCAUCAAGGACGAGGAGCUGAAAAACCACGUCUACAAGAAGACCCUGCAGGCCCUGAUCUACCCCAUCUCCUGCACCACGCCCCACAACUUCGAGGUGUGGACGGCCACCACGCCCACCUACUGCUACGAGUGCGAGGGGCUGCUGUGGGGCAUCGCCCGGCAGGGCAUGAGGUGCUCCGAGUGCGGGGUCAAGUGCCACGAGAAGUGCCAGGACCUGCUGAACGCCGACUGCCUGCAGCGUGCGGCAGAGAAGAGCUCCAAGCACGGGGCGGAAGACCGCACCCAGAACAUCAUCAUGGCCAUGAAGGACCGCAUGAAGAUCCGUGAGCGGAACAAGCCCGAGAUCUUUGACAUGAUCCGCGACGUCUUCGUCGUGAGCAAGGUCAUCCACGCCCAGCAGAUGAAGACCAUCAAACAGAGUGUCCUGGACGGCACCUCCAAGUGGUCGGCCAAGAUCACCAUCACAGUGCUUUGUGCCCAGGGGCUUCAGGCCAAAGACAAGACGGGCUCCAGCGAUCCCUAUGUGACAGUCCAGGUGGGCAAGACCAAGAAGAGGACCAAGACCAUCUAUGGCAACCUCAACCCGGUCUGGGAGGAGAAGUUCCACUUGUCGCCGCAGGCGAUGACACAAUCCGGGAGCAGCGCUAAAGGUGCGCGUUUGGGCAGAGUGCAUCAUCGAGGUCCGCACGCGGCGGGAGAGGAGUCGGACACCCUGGGUCAGUACUCAUACGGGCCCCACGCCUACGGCUCCACCUGCCCGUACCUCCGUCUGCCUCAUUUCGGUAUUCCUCUUCCUGUAUCAGUGUUUGGGUGUUGUUCCUGGAUCAGUAUGUGGAUGCUGCUGUCUUUGUGUCAGCAUGGUAUUCGUGUUUGUUCCACAGAGAAGAGGACGGACAAGUCGGCGGUGUCCGGGGCCAUCCGUCUCCAGAUCAGCGUGGAGAUCAAGGGGGAGGAGAAGGUGGCCCCGUACCACGUCCAGUACACCUGCCUGCACGAGAACCUGUUCCACCACAACACCGACAUCAUGGCGCAGGGCGUGGUCAAGAUCCCCGACGCCCGGGGCGACGACGCGUGGAAGGUCUACUUCGACGAGGUGGCGCAGGAAGUAGUGGACGAGUUCGCCAUGCGCUACGGCAUCGAGUCCAUCUACCAGGCCAUGACACACUUCGCCUGCCUCUCCUCCAAGUACAUGUGUCCAGGAAUUCCUGCAGUGAUGAGCACCCUGCUGGCCAACAUAAACGCCUUCUACGCCCACACCACCGCCUCCACCAACGUGUCAGCCAGCGAUCGCUUCUCCGCCUCCAACUUUGGGAAAGACCGGUUCGUUAAGCUCCUGGAUCAGCUGCACAAUUCUCUCCGCAUCGACCUCUCCACGUACCGGAACAACUUCCCCGCCAGCAGCAAGGACCGCCUGCAGGACCUGAAGUCCACCGUGGACCUGCUGACCAGCAUCACCUUCUUCAGGAUGAAAGUCCAGGAACUGCAGAGCCCCCCCAGGGCCAGCCAGGUGGUGCGUGACUGUGUGAAGGCCUGUCUCAACUCCACCUACGAGUACAUCUUCAACAACUGCCAGGAGCUGUACAGCCGCCAGUACCAGGCAGCAGACCCUAACAAAGAGGAGCUGCCAUUGGAGGAACAGGGCCCCACCCACAAGAACCUGGAUUUCUGGCCCAAGCUAAUCACUCUCAUUGUGUCCAUCAUUGAGGAAGACAGGAACUCCUACACCCCGGUCCUCAACCAGUUCCCCCAGGAGCUGAACGUAGGAAAGGUCUCUGCGGAGGUCAUGUGGACGCUGUUCGCCCAGGACAUGAAGUACGCCAUGGAAGAGCACGAGAAGCACAAGCUGUGCAAGAGCGCCGACUACAUGAACCUGCACUUCAAGGUCAAGUGGCUGUACAACGAGUAUGUGAAGGACCUGCCCGCCUUCAAAGGGAUCAUUCCGGACUACCCUGCCUGGUUCCUGCAGUUUGUUCUGCAGUGGCUGGAUGAGAAUGAGGAGGUCUCCAUGGAGUUCAUGCACGGGGCCCUGGAGCGGGACAGAAAGGAUGGAUUCCAGCAGACCUCAGAGCACGCCCUGUUCUCCUGCUCGGUGGUGGACGUCUUCACCCAGCUCAAUCAGAGCUUCGAGAUCAUUAAGAAGCUGGAAUGUCCCGACCCCAAGGUCAUGGCCCAUUACAGCCGCCGAUUCGCCAAGACCAUUGCCAAAGUGCUCCAGAAGUACUGUGCCAUUCUUACCAAGAGCUUCCCGACCUACUGUGACAAAGAAAAGAUCCCCUGCGUGCUCAUGAACAAUGUGCAGCAGCUACGUGUUCAGCUGGAGAAGAUGUUCGAAUCAAUGGGAGCCAAGCAGCUGGACCCGGAGGCCAGCGACCUGCUGAACGAGCUGCAGGUGAAACUCAACAACGUGCUGGACGAGCUGAGCGCCACCUUCGGGAACAGUUUCCAGAGCCGAAUUGAUGACUGCAUGAGGCAGAUGGCCGACCUCCUGUACCAGGUGAAGGGCCCGGUCAAUGCCAACAGCCGCAACACGGUGGAAGCCGACUCCGACAACGUCCUCCGGCCCCUCAUGGACUUCCUGGAUGGAAACCUGAUGCUGUUUGCCACGGUGUGCGAGAAGACCGUGCUGAAGCGCGUGCUGAAGGAGCUGUGGAGGAUCGUCAUGAACAGCCUGGAGAAGACCAUCGUCCUACCGCAGAGCAGCGACACCUCCGGGGCCCAGAUGAUUCUCACUGCUGCCAAAGAUCUGGGACAGCUGUCCAAACUCAAGGAUCACAUGGUCUCAGGUGAGGCGAAAAGCCUGACGCCCAAGCAGUGCGCAGUCAUGGACGUGGCGCUGGACACGAUAAAGCAAUACUUUCACGCGGGAGGAAACGGACUGAAGAAGGCCUUCCUGGAGAAGAGCCCGGAACUCUCCUCUCUGCGCUACGCCCUGUCCCUGUACACCCAGACCACCGACACGCUCAUCCGCACCUUCGUCACCACCCAGCACGCUCAGGGGUCGGGAGUGGACAAGUCCGUGGGGGAGGUGUCCAUACAGGUUGACCUCUUCACUCACCCUGGCACAGGGGAACACAAAGUCACUGUGAAAGUUGUGGCAGCGAACGACCUGAAGUGGCAGACUUCCGGAAUGUUCCGUCCCUUCGUGGAGAUCACCAUGAUUGGGCCCCACCUCAGCGACAAGAAGCGCAGGUUCACCACCAAGUCCAAGAACAACAGCUGGGCGCCCAAGUUCAACGAGACGUUCCACUUUAUCCUCAGUAACGAGGACGGGCCGGACUGCUACGAGCUGCAGGUGUGCGUGAAGGACUACUGCUUUGGGCGGGCGGACCGGGUGGUGGGCGUGGCCGUGCUGCAGCUGCGGGACGUGGCGGAGAGGGGCAGCUGCGCCUGCUGGUGCCCCCUGGGCCGGCGGGUCCACAUGGACGAGACGGGACAGACCGUCCUGAGGAUCCUGUCCCAGCGCAACAACGACGAGGUCGCCAAGGAGUUCGUCAAGCUCAAGUCCGAGACCCGCUCGGCCGAGGAGGGCAGAUGAGGAGGGCGGGGUCGGAGGUGGGGGGGGGAGCGGUGGAGGAGGUGGAACUACCCUGCCAUUAUCAACCAGUGGUGAGAGGGUGGGCGUGGUGGGUGAGGCUAGUGGUGUACAAGAGUAGUAGCUGCUGUGCUGUACAGCCUGGUGGCCAAUCAGAAGGCAGAGUGGUGUGAUUGGCGGGUGAAACUUUCGAUGAAGCAGCACCUCAUCUCUUUACCCUCUGCUUGGAAGAGGCAGGGAAUGAGUGACAGGCUGGGGGAGGGUCACCCAAGGAAGAGGCCCCGCCCAUAUUGCAGGUAAAGCUCUCCCACCCUCUCCCCCCGUUCUGCCCCACCCACCCCCUCUCUGAUGAAGAUGCUGAACUGUAGAUAAGAGAGGGCUGCCCCCUCCAGCUGCCUGCCAGGCUCGUCUGGACAGCACAGUUUUUGGACUGCUCCUCUUACGGCAAUAGACAUCUGGUCACCCACACUCUGUCAUUCUCACAUGCACGCACACGCACGCAAGCACACACACACACACACUCACGCUCUCACUCUCACUCACACACACACACUCUCACUCUCACUCACACACACACACACACACUCACACUCUAGUGACUCACUAACUCACUCACUCACUCAGUGACUCAAUGACUCACUAACUCACUCACUCACUCAGUGACUCAAUGACUCACUCACUCACUCACUCACUCAGUGACUCACGCGCUAACUCACUCACUCAGUGACUCAGUGACUCAAUCACUCAUUCACUCUGUCUCUGUCGGACUCUCCCAGCCUCCACCGCUGCUACUAUUCAGGCUGCCGCUUGUCCAGCUCGCCCCGGUCCAAACGAACGCUCACGGUUGACUCACGCCGAGUUAUCCCUUCUUGGUUUUGGGUCCAAGUGCAAUAUAUUCUAAAGUGCAGUCAUAUCCCUGAAUCUGAGGCCUUAAAAAGCAUAGCUGUGAAAUACAGACUGCAGUUACUGUGACGCUUCUACACUGCUCAGUCAUAACAGACCACAGUUUGCUCACAAAGGAGGUCAGUUACAUACGCCAAACCUAGUCCGUCCGCUAACUGACACACCUUGGUUUUUCCAUGUAGGGUUAAUAGGUCUGCUCUUUGAUCAAAUUUGAAAAUAAGAGGUGAUUGAGGAAGCUUCUGUUUUUAAAUUGUUUGAGUGGUUUUACACCGCCAUGGUCUUUUGUUUUUAGCAAUAACUCUGCGGGGGGAGGGAAUGGCUGCCGUUCUGUAGCAGCUGCUCAUGGGUAGCAUGUGUGCACCAAUGGAGCGCCUUCUGUGGUUUGGGCCAGCUGGCGGCUUUACACUAAACGUGCCGGUGUUCGCACAACCCAAGGACCUUUUGCAGUGGAGUCAUCUGAGACCUAGAGAAGCUUCCGGUCUGGAUAAAUCUUCAGUUUGGAUCGGCAGACAGACGGAUGUGAAUGGCCCUGAUCGAAGGUUAAUGUGUCAAAUCCUACUUUUGGCCUCCUGACGGUGUUCUGCUCAUCUGAUUGAAGAGGAUUUGGACUAAAGAAACUUGAGAACUCUGGAGAACGCUCUAAAGGAUUGUGGGUUUAAAGUGGCUAAAUGUCUAAAAUGUGUUUUUUUAUAAUGGAGAUUUCCAUGCACCACAGUAUCAAUGCUCUGAAUGGAGAGGUUACUUGAAUCAGAUUGUGGAAUUCUACCAUAAAGAGAAAAUCUACAGACAGUGUCAGCCAUUCUAGUAUACUAAAUUACGAGAAGAUUUCAAAGGACUUCACACGGCUUUUACUGUUAAUGCCAAUAAGCCAAGUGGUGUCCAUGUUGGUACCUGAAAUGUUCUUAUAAAUCCAUGACAAACACAGAGACAACAACUUUGCUCUGCACGUAUUAUUUUGAGGUUUGUUGCAGAACUGGCGUGGGCAAAGAGGAAUGCUUUAUGAAAAAAAGUCUGGUCUGCAACCUUGCGAUCACUGUUCAGCGCAUAAAUCACACUGGAGCGUAAAGUGCACAUAUUUCAGAAAACAUUGACAGUCAUUUCAAAAAGUAGCCUACACUUUUAUUUUGGCAUUUAACGGACGGCCCUACUCAGAGUGACUUGCGCAGAUUACGUUUUUACAUACAAUGCGUUUACACAGCUGCAUGUUUUUACCGACACAGUCCAGAUAAAGUAAAUUGGCUACUCUUCCCGGCUGCAAAGAGUAACCAACAAGCUUUCCGUUCCAAGUCCAAGUCCCUAACCAUUAUACUGCACUGCCACAAAGUUUUUUAGCCAAAUGUAAAAAGCACACACACAUAGAAAAUGGCUGCCUGAGGAUUCCAUUUUAAUGUCAGGCAUAGGUAAUUCUGCCAGGAUCGGUUAGCACACAUUCAGGAACCAGUGGAGGCUUCGGAGAAACACAGACGAGACGCUGUAAGGGAGCAGUCCCAAAUCUGUGGCUUUUUUCACACAGCUCUUCUUUCUCGCGAGUUUCGUGCCCUUGUCCUUCUCAGCGGCCUUACUGUGUUUAACUGCAUUUGACAGACGUGGAGUCCACACAGAAACCCUCCCCAGUGUCUGUGUUACUUCACUGAAAUGGAGGGCUGGGGAUGCCUGCCAAAAACCGGACCAAACCGAAAGCGUACCGUAACUGUUAACGAUAAGGUGUCCUUCUUUAUUUUUUAUUUAAUUUUUUUUUUUUUUGCACAUUCAACUGUUUUCCUUUUCUUAAUGCCCAUUCAUGUCACUUGUUCACAUUGUCAGUUUGAUGAAGUGAAAGUCUGGCGACUGCAAAUGUUACUGGGUUCUUUUUAUGUCGUUUGUGUUUGACAGUUUUUCUGAGAAUGUUUUUUUUUUUUUCUUUGUGUGAUGUAGGAUCCUUCUUCAAAUCAGCCUGUGAACACACAAAAGAAUGUACACCUCAAUGCUGUCCUCUCAAAGAAACCAGCUUUCUGGACCACAUUCUGUAUGGCCAACCACUUUUCAGUAUUCUACUACUGUAUGCCACAUAGUGAUAUUUUUAUGCAUGUGAAUAGAUUGCCCAUUUACCACCCUCACCAGAGCCCACAUGGGGCUUUGACCACUGCUAGGUACUGUAUGGCCAAGGUAGGCAUCAUGACCCUGAUAAUGGGUAGAGCCUAUCACAUGCCCCCAAUCACAGAUUUCUGUGACCCAACUGAACAACUUUUCCCUCCAUUGCAGAACAUUAUCUGUUCAAAGCAGUUGUUCACUGGUAGCAGUUGUUGCUAUAGAUACAAUUAUCUACAAUUAAGUUCAUAAAUCCUAACGCUCAUCCCUGUUACAUCCUCAUUUAGCUGUUGAACCCGCACCUUUUGGUAUCUCAGUAGUCAGAUUUGUCAGAUUGGCCCCUAUCUAUCAGGGACUGUGUGAGCUCCCUGCUGGCUAAGAGGUGGGCAUUGGGGUGAUACUCCGUUCCGGCUUGAUCUGAGGAGGGAUUAUUUAGUGUUUACCUCGUGCCAAGCAGUGCAAGUGUUCUGUUUAUUUCUUCUUUUUUAUUUCUGUUCACUUGUUCUUUUUCUUUAAAAAAAACACGGACUCUUGCACAAAUAUAUAUAUAUAUAUAUAUACAAAGAUAUAUAUAUAUAUAUCUUUCUAAAAAUGACAAAGAUAGCAUGUAUUGUAUAGCAAUCAAUGUACGUUGACAUUGGGCUGUGAAUUUUUAUUUAUGUACCACCAUUGGCGGGGGAAAAAAAUAGUAUUUAUCAUUAAAUGCAUACUGAUUCAUGAAUUUUGUAUAUAAAGUAUUUAAGAAACUGUU